AUGGCGCGGUCCAGGCCUAGGUUCUGGCUCGUGGCGGGCUGCGUCGCCCUGCUGCUCUGGGCCUCCGUCGCGCAGCUCGUCGCCGUCGGCCGCCUCCUCUCCCUCUUCGGCCUCGCCGGCAGCGCGCCCGGCCCCUCGCCGCCGCCUUCCUCGCCCCCUCCCCCGCCGCCGCCCCCAAGAAUCUACAAAAGCAAUGGCUAUCUGAAGAUAUCCUGCAAUGGGGGUCUUAAUCAGAUGCGUUCAGAGAUAUGUGACAUGGUGGCAGUGGCGCGUUUGCUAAACCUCACGAUGGUUGUGCCAGAGCUUGACAAGAGAUCAUUCUGGGCUGAUCAGAGCAAUUUUGGAGACAUAUUUGAUGUGAGGCAUUUCAUUACCUCAUUAAGAGAUGAAGUGCGCAUUGUCAAACGGCUGCCAAAGAGGUUUGGUCCAACAGAUUCAGGCAUCAUGCUGGACAUGUCACCUGUGAGCUGGUCAGAUGAGAAAUACUACUUGCACCAGAUCUUACCACUCUUCAGCAAAUAUAAAGUCAUCCACUUUAACAAGACAGAUGCUCGGUUAGCAAACAAUGGCAUCAGUACUGAGCUUCAACUUGUUAGAUGCCGUGUUAAUUUUCGUGCUCUGAAGUUUACCCCUCAAAUUGAGGCACUGGGGAAUAAAUUGGUACAGAAACUUCGAGACAAGGGAUCAUUUGUGGCAUUGCAUUUACGAUAUGAGAUGGACAUGCUCGCAUUUUCUGGUUGCAAUCAUGGCCUUAAUCCUGAAGAAGCCGAGGAACUCAAAAGAAUGAGAUAUGCAUAUCCAUGGUGGAGAGAUAAAGAAAUUGAUUCGAAAACCAAGAGAUCAGAAGGACUAUGCCCACUUACGCCUGAGGAGACGUCACUGGUUUUGAAAGCACUGGGCUUUGAAAAGGAUACUCUCAUAUACAUUGCUGCUGGUGAAAUUUACGGGGGAGAAAAGAGAUUGAAACCAUUACGAGCUGCUUUUCCAAAACUUGUAAGAAAAGAGAUGCUGCUAGAUUCAGAACCUCUGCGCCAGUUUCAAAACCAUUCUUCUCAGAUGGCUGCACUCGAUUUCAUUGUAUCCACUGCUAGUGAUGUGUUCCUUCCUACCUAUGAUGGUAACAUGGCGAAACUUGUUGAAGGCCACAGAAGGUUCCUGGGUUUCCGAAAAAGCGUGUUGCCAGACCGACGGAAACUAGUUGAACUUAUAGACUUGUACAACAACAAGACAAUUUCUUGGGAGAAUUUUACAUCUUCUGUCCAAGAAGUUCAUAGAGGCCGUGUGGUCCAACCGUCCUGUCGGCGAAAACUCGAAAACAAGCCGAAAGAGGAGGAUUAUUUCUACGCUAACCCCCACGAGUGCCUGGCCAAUUCAAGCCUGUGCAGUGGAAGCAAGGAUACAGUCACUGUAAGGUGA